CACGACUCGUAGUAACAAAUUUGUAAUCCAUGCACCAUACCGGCAAGAAUUGGGCGGUCCCAGGGUCUCUAAUCUGUAAUAGAGACUGUUUAUGUUCCUAACUUUCUCAAAUUCAUUUGUGCUUCCCAUACUCUCUCAGUCAUCCAAUCUCAGGCCACUCAGUCGUCACUAACACCGUCUUUUUCCUUCGAAAGCGGCCACACCAACACCAACACCAGCAGCAGCAAAGCUUCUCCCCUUCUUCCUCGCCCUCCGCAGGAAUUUUGAUUGAUUGAAUUUUGAACUUGGAUGUUUGAUUCUGCCGGGGCUCUCGAGGGUUUUAUGAUAUAUUGAAAUUGAACACUAAUUGAGGAAAUCCCAGUUUUAGAACAAAGUUGGGAGCCAAAAUUCCAGCGUACUUGCUGCUAAAGGCCACAAAAGGAUAACCUUUUCCGUUUGCUCUUCAUGCUCCACCCCCUUCGUUGUCAAUUUGCUAACUGGUGAUGGUUCCGGGUGGGUUACGGUCACAAAAUGAUGGUAGUUGAGCAUGUAUGACUGUAGUAAAAAUUAAAAAGGGGGAAUUUUGGUGCUUGCUGGCUGCUUAUUGUUUUCGGUCUUUGAUUUCUUGUAUAUUUACUAAAAUUGGGCUGCUUAUUGAAGAAAUAUCAACCCCCAGUGAUUUCAUCGGCUAUUUUCAGUGUAAUUUGUAAUAUGGACGAUGAUAGCCCGCAGUUGUCGUUGACAGUGCUGCAGUGGUUGCAAUGGUGGGGGUGGAGGAGGGGAAUUGCCGCUGGUGCUUUUGAUUUUGGUUGGGUGCUAAAUUUUGCCGAUACAAACUGACAAACAGAGAGUGAACGUAACUUCUACAUUUUCUCCUCCUGUUAUCCCUUUCCUCACCGAAAUCAACCUGGCUUGGGGUUUGAACCAGCAGGCAACAACUAGAUUAUUCUUCAUCUUCCUCUUUUUUCAGGGUUGUUUUUUUUACCCUCCCAUAUGGAUGAAAAUUCACCAAAUAGUGAGGAUCUUAUUGAUGAAAUGGAAGACCAAGAAGAUGAUGGUGAUGAGAUAUUUGAAAAUGAAGGACUUGACCAUGAGAGUGAUGGCCACCAUGGGUUUGGAAUUGAGGGUGAUGAUCAUGAAAAUGAUGGUGAACAAUUUUUUAUUGACGCCAGUAUACAUGAGGAGAGUGAGCAAGGGAUUGAGCUUGAAGGUGAGGAUCACUGCAGUGAUGGUCAGCAGUUCCUUGAGGUGAGGGAUCAUAAUGCUGAAAAUGACACCUUUCAAGUGCUUAAUCUUCAUUGUAACGGUGAGGAGAAUAACCUAGGAAACAAUACAGUGGGUGUAGAUGAUAGCUCAUCUAAAGAAAAAUAUUACCAUCCACCUGUUGUGGGCAUGGAGUUUGAGUCCUAUGAUGACGCUUAUAACUACUACAAUUGCUAUGCUAAGGAAUUGGGCUUUGCUAUUAGAGUGAAAUCGUCAUGGACAAAACGGAACAGCAAGGAAAAGCGUGGUGCAGUACUCUGCUGCAAUUGCGAGGGUUUCAAAACAUUCAAAGAAGCAACCUGCCGGAGGAAGGAAACAAGGACAGGUUGUCUAGCAAUGAUAAGGUUGAGGUUGGUGGAAUCAAAUAGAUGGAGAAUUGAUGAAGUUAAACUUGAACACAACCAUCUAUUUGAUCCUGAGAGGGUGCAGAACUCCAAGUCACACAAGAAAAUUGAAGUAGGUUUAAAAAGAGACUUAGAGCCAACUGUUGAUGUAGAAGUGCGAACCAUUAAGUUGUACCGAACAUCUGCCAUUGAUGCAGCCAGUUCCUGGAAUUUAACCACCAUGCAGACUGAGAAUGGUAACCACAUUCGGUCCUGCUGCUUAAAGCUUAAAGCUGGAGAUUCACUAGCAAUACACAAUUAUUUUUGUCAGAAACAACUGACAAGUCCAAAUUUCUUUUACAUCAUGGAUUUGAAUGACGAAGGUCAAUUGAGGAAUGUGUUUUGGAUAGACUCCCAGGCAAGGGCUGCAUACAUCUACUUUGGAGAUGUUGUGGCUGUUGACACAACAUGUUUGUCAAACAAAUAUGAAAUACCACUUGUUGCUUUCAUUGGAAUAAAUCACCAUUGGCAGUCCAUCUUGCUUGGUUGUGCUUUCAUUGCAGAAGAAACUGUGGAAACCUAUGUAUGGCUAUUUAGAACAUGGCUUACAUGUAUGUUAGGGCGCUCUCCUCAAACUAUUGUCACAGACCGAUCCAGAGCUAUCCAAAGUGCAAUUUCUGAAGUGUUUCCUCGGGCCCAUCAUCGGUUUUGCUUGCCACUUGUGAUGCAAAGUAUUUUUCACAACUUGGGCCAGAUGGAAGAAUUUGAAGCAUUUCAGUCAUUCUUAAAUGGAACAGUCUAUAAUUCUCUGAAAAUUGAUGAAUUUGAGACUUCAUGGGAUAACAUGAUACAGCGAUUUGGAAUUAAGGAGCAUGAGUGGCUUCAGAUCUGGUAUGAUGAUCGAGAAAAAUGGGUUCCCGUUUACCAGAAAGACAUAUUUCUUGCAGGACUUUUUGCUGUUCAAGCAGGUGAGUCUAGUCCUUUUUUUGCUGGUCAUAUCCAUGAAAGAACCUCAGUAAAAGAAUUCUUUGAUUUGUAUGAUGUUAUCAUUGAAAAGAAACGACUAAAAGAAGCACUCGAUGAUCUUGAGUCUGGUGGAUCCAACCUCUUGUUAAGAACAAGAUGCUAUUAUGAGCUACAACUAUCCAAAUUCUAUACUAAGCAGAUAUUUGAAAAAUUCCAAGUUGAAGUCGAGAUGAUGUCUUGUUGUGUGACCAUCAAUCAAGUUCAUACUUCUGGGCCUGUCACUACGUAUGUGGUUAAAGAAUGUGAGAAUGGAGGCAUUAAAGAGUUGAGCAAUUUUGAGGUGAUGUAUGAUAAAGCAGCAUUUGAAGUUCGUUGUGUGUGUGGUGGCUUUUAUCUUAAUGGUUAUCUUUGCCGGCAUGCCUUAAGUGUUCUUAACCUCAAUGGUGUGGAGGAAAUACCAUUCUCUUAUAUUCUCCAACGAUGGAGGAAGGACUGCAAGCAAUUGUAUGUGCCAGAUCUUGUUUCGAAUGCCAUUGAUAUUAGCAAUCCAACUCAAUGGUAUGAUCAUUUGCACAAACGAGCAAUGCAGGUAGUUGAAGCAGGUAUGGUGUCACAAGAUCAUUACAUGGUGGCUUGGCAAGCCUUUCUAGAGUCCUUGAACAAAGUUCGCCUUACAGAAGAAAAGAAUGUAUGAUGUGUAAUUUUCAUGAUGUAAAAUUUCGUUGAUUAAAUUAUUGAGCAAUGUUUGACUGCAUUCUACUUCUUCACUUGUCUCAUUUCAUAUUUUCUUGUCAGCUUAAACAUCAAUGUAUUGGCUUACAAUAUACUUGUAUAUGCAAUACAUCAAUUAUCAGUUGUAUGUUUUUUGACAUCAGUAUUUCCAUUA